AUGGUAGGUGUGGCCGCGGGUGCGAGCGAUACGGCCAACAAUGCCUGGAUAUUGGAGAUGUGGGACGAGAAGGUCGGUCCCUAUCUAUUGGCGAUGCACUUCUGUUUCGGCACCGGAAUGGUUAUCGCACCGCAAAUCGCCCGACCCUUCCUCAUGGGUGACGCCUCUUCAGUAGUGAUGGCUUACGUGAUCUGCGCCUCCAUUAUCAUCAUCAGCGGUAUUGUCGUCACGUUUGUCAUAUUCAGCGGCAAAUAUAGGACCACCGAAACCCAGCCCAUAGAGGAUACGGCACCGAAUGCGGCACAAGUGCCGUCCAUUACCGAAGAACUGAUACGCGAGUCGGAGAGACGCGAAUUGAAGCCCGUUUACGGUGUUAUGAUCGCAAUCCUCGGGUGUCUAAUGUUGGCCACCUAUACAUCUAUGGAAAUGACAUACUUCUCAUACGAGUCAGUCUUCGCUCAGUUGUCCAGUUAUAAGAUGAGUGAAGCGGACGCCACUGUAUUGAAUACAGUUACGCUCGCCGUUUAUACCAUCACUAGAGGUGUCGAUGUAUUAUUACUUGUGAAAGUAUCAGCUUAUAUCAUACUUCUGUAUCACUUUAUAAUUAUAAUAACUUUCAAUUUGGUGGCCAUCUUCACGUCAAAUUUGCCAUCGAGUUGGCUCUGGAUCUACAAUCUAGGCAUUGGUAUUGGUUGCGGAUCAGUUACGCCAACCAUUUACACAGUUUUGUCACAAAACUUUACAAUUGACGACAAAAAGACAGCAAUACUAUUGUUCGUCGGGGGAGGUAUGGGUGCUUUAUAUCCAUAUAUUGUCACCACAAACAUAAUGGCCUAUCCAUUAAUCUUUAUCUAUAUAAGUGUGACCACAAUUGCCGUAUGUAUUGUAUUCUUGUUUGCCAUUAAAUUUAUUGCCUGGAAAUUUGGACGCAUUAUAAGGCCACAGAUGGUGGUGACCGCCGCCGAUCUCACGGCCAAAGAGUUGGCCACUGAACUAUCAUCACUUGAUAUUUGAUUUACGUUAAAUAUAUUCUCAUAUCAUAGACAGACAAUUAAUCUUUUUACACAUAUCGAUUUAAUUUGACAAAUGGGUAGCUAAUUCAGUAUUAAUUUAUUAGAUUUUACCAAUUUUAUGACAACACAGUAUUGACUAAUGUAUAUUUAUAAGUUAUUAUCUGUUAUAGAAUUUAAAUACUUUA